AAAGAAAAAGGUCACAUGGGAAAUAAGAACAACAAGAGAGCAUCAAUAGUGGGAAGUGGGAACUGAAGCGACAAUCAUGAACCAACGUUACUGUUACUGAUUGAAAUAAUUAAAAUACAAAUAGAGAGAGAGAGAGAGAGAGAGAGAGAGAGAGAGAGAGAAGAGAGAGAUCUCCAACUUAGUGGAAGCGAAACGACGUCGGGCCAUCAGCUAUGUCCACCACAUCCCCACCGUACUCGUAAACGCCACUAUUCCCAUUCUACCCCUGUCUCUCCCUCUCUCUCUCUCUAUCUCAGAGUCUAGAGAGAGAAGAAAAAAUAAUCACAAGCGUCGGCAAGUUUUCUUGGAAGUAUUCAAAUCCCAGCUCACAAAAAGUAUUUACCACUUAAUUCUGUGAGUGAAGACAAAACCAAAGGGAGAUAUGAAGGUGGAGCUUUUAAUUUUCUGUUUCGUUUUUCUCUUCACGGCGGCGCCGUUGAUCGGAGCCGCCGCCGCCGCCCGCCGGGAUCUUGAAGUUAAGCGGCACUUAAGGCGCCUGAACAAGCCUUCUCUCAAGUCCAUCAAGAGCCCAGAUGGUGACGUCAUAGACUGCGUACACAUGUCACACCAGCCAGCUUUUGAUCAUCCUCACCUUAAAAACCACACAAUUCAGAUGAGGCCUAGUUAUCAUCCAGAAGGGCUAUUCGGACAGACCGAAAAAGUGUCGAAAAACGAAAUCGGACCGAAGCCGAUAACGCAGAUGUGGCACAUGAACGGUAGAUGCCCGGAGGGAACAAUCCCGGUAAGAAGAACACGGAAAUCGGAUAUCUUCCGAGCAAGCUCAAUCAAGAAAUACGGCAAGAAGAACAAGAAAUCCUUACCUCGACCACCAACAUCUGCUGCUCCCGAACCCGACCUUAUCAAUCAAAAUGGCCAUCAGCAUGCCAUAGCUUAUGUUGAGGGAGAUCAAUAUUAUGGAGCAAAGGCAACAAUAAAUGUAUGGGAUCCUAAAAUCCAACAGCCAAACGAAUUCAGUUUGUCGCAGCUAUGGAUUCUCGGAGGCUCGUUCGCCUCCGAUCUCAACAGCAUCGAGGCCGGUUGGCAGGUUAGCCCAGAUUUAUAUGGAGAUAACAACACAAGACUCUUCACCUACUGGACUAGUGAUGCAUAUCAAGCAACAGGGUGCUACAAUUUGCUGUGCUCAGGUUUUAUUCAAAUCAGCAAUGAAAUAGCAAUGGGUGCAAGCAUAUUCCCCAUUUCUUCCUACCACAGUUCUCAGUAUGACAUCAGCAUACUUAUCUGGAAGGACCCGAAAGAGGGGAACUGGUGGAUGCAAUUUGGGAACGACUACGUAUUAGGGUACUGGCCGGCUUUCUUGUUUUCGUAUUUAUCAGACAGUGCUUCAAUGAUUGAGUGGGGUGGAGAAGUGGUGAACUCGGAAUCCGACGGAGAACACACCACCACGCAGAUGGGGAGUGGUCAUUUUCCCGACGAAGGGUUUGGCAAGGCGAGUUAUAUACGAAACAUUCAAGUUGUGGACGAAUCGAACAACUUGAGGGCGCCUAAAGACAUAGACGUUUUCACCGAGCAAUCUAGUUGCUACGAUGUUCGGCUUGGCAAGAAUGGUGAAUGGGGCAAUUUCUUCUACUACGGAGGGCCUGGCAGAAACCCUAAUUGCCAGUAAGUUCGAAGGACCGAAAAGCCAAAACGGGUUUAUAUAGAUAUAUAUAUAUGUUUCCGUGCAAAAAAAAAAAAGAUUGUGGUUUUGGUUGGUUUUCCUUCUUGUAAAACCCCCCUUUCGAUUUAGGAUUCGAAAACGGAAGCUUCUUAUAGGAUAUUAGAAUGUUCUGUUUUGUGUUGAUUUUUCUGCAUGUAGAGUGCAUAUAUAAUGUAGGGAAAGUGAGAUGUGAUUGUUCUAGUGCUGGUGAAGUUUCUUGAACAGAAGAAACAUGCACUUAUUAUUAUUUUUUUUUUCUUCCUUUUUUUCAUGUAAAAUGUAAAACUGUUUUGUGUGAUUGUCCAAAAAUUGGAAGGAUCUCUC